AGAGUUCCUGCAAGUCAGUUGUAAUAUUAGAACCAGACACUGUAACUGAAGUACCGAUACUCCGUUAGUAAUCAACUUAGGAGACAUGGCCUCAAAAUCAGCUGUCUUUGUUUUGUUUUUGGUAGUUGUUGCAGUAGCAGCCCCAACAGCAGUAGCACAAUUGGGGAUCGUAGGUGGUCUGCUGGGUCUGAUCCGCAUUCAGGGGACUGUGUUUUGCUCUAUCAAUGGCGCUGUAGCUGUCAAUGGUACUGCCUGCCCGGUCUUCCCCAAUGCUCUGGUACAACUACGGUGUGGAUCUGGAAAUGUGGUUUCGAGUACAACGACUAAUGGGUCGGGAGCGUUCACGAUGCUGUUGGAUCCCCUACAAACGCUGCUCUCUUCACUCUUGUCCGACUGCAAUCUAGUUGUUGGCACACCACUCGCCACCUGCAACGCUGCGCUUCCCGGUCUGGGGGUAUUGCGCUCGCCCUUGCAGUUGAUCGGAAACACUAUUGCUGGCCUCCUUAAUGUUGUCAACAUUGCUCCAACUGGGUUCCUAUUGGUUCCUUCAGCUUGAUCAGCACAUAAAUACUAGCAUAAAUAAGCUGAUCAAGACCAGUACUGCCGCUUUUUAAUUAAGUAACCGAAUAAGGCCAUUUGUACCAAUGACAAGAUUAUAGUAUUAAUUACUUACCUAAAUUAAGUCGUCCUAAGAAUUGUCGCUUUUCUUAUUGCGAGGUUGUCACCAAAACUGUAAACUUCUUUACGAAGCAGUUCUGCUGUAAUUAAGGAAUAAAUUAAGCCUUCUACCAAAA